GGCUCCGCCCCUUGCUGGAAAGGCUACGUAUUCAGCUCUGGAGGUGCCAUCCCGGGCCGCGACUCCACUCCAGGCAGGACCCCCAACCCGCCCAGCCCGCUCCGCCUUGCGCCCCGGACCCGCGGCCGACCCCAGACCCGCUGCCCGCUUCGCGCCCGAGGCCUGCGCCCCGACGGACGCCGGUGCCCAGCUUGCCACGCCCACGCCCGGAGCCCCGACCGCGGAGGACUCCCCGAGGUGCCGGCGGAGGGGGUGGCUCGCGGCUCAGGCUGCCCCCAACGUGCCCGGCUCACCGCCCCCUCCCCUGCAGCCCCACCCGCCAUGGCCCGGAUCCCGACGGCCGCCCUGGGUUGCAUCAGCCUCCUCUGCCUGCAGCUCCCUGGCUCGCUGUCCCGCAGCCUGGGCGGGGACCCGCGACCCGUCAAACCCAGGGAGCCCCCAGCCCGGAGCCCUUCCAGCAGCCUGCAGCCCAGGCACCCCGCACCCCGACCUGUGGUCUGGAAGCUUCACCAGGCCCUCCAGCCACAGAGGGGUGCCGGCCUGGCCCCUGCUAUGGGUCAGCCUCUCCGGGAUGGUGGCCGCCAACACUCGGGCCCCCGAAGACACUCGGGCCCCCGCAGGACCCAAGCCCAGCUCCUGCGAGUGGGCUGUGUGCUGGGCACCUGCCAGGUGCAGAAUCUCAGCCACCGCCUGUGGCAACUCAUGGGACCGGCCGGCCGGCAGGACUCAGCUCCCGUGGACCCCAGCAGCCCCCACAGCUAUGGCUGAGGUGGGGCCGGGCCACACCCCUGCCCAUCCCAGCCAGGGUGCUGUGCCCCCGUCCAGAGCUGCAGCUGAGCCCCAUCUGAAGCCCAGUCCCUCGGAGCUGCAGACAGCAGGUCCUGCAGCAACAAUACCUGCACGACUUUGCACACGUAAACCUAGGCUGGUCUACACGCAGUGCUGGUACGUCCAGGAGCCUAAACACCCUGAAACUGUGACCCCCUGGGGGACAGCUGCCAGACACAGCUGGCGGCAGCACCAGAUGCUAAGCACUUCAGAGAGGAGGUGUCUGCCCAGAGACGUGGAGCAGAAGCUGGGCCCUGAACACACCGGGCCAUGUCUGGACGAGCAGGGCUAGAGAGGCUGAAUUGGCCAGAAGUGGCCCCUCCGCUGCUGGUCCAGUCAGACUGAAGCCCGGCCUUGUGCCUGGGCUGUUCCUGCUCUCAUGCACAACCAGCCCUUCCACGUGCCUGCCUGUGGAACAGGAGGGGGAGCGUGGGAUGCUGUAGCCCCCCGGGGUUGGGCAAGGGAAGGAUGGUGGUCCUCCAGAGGUCAUGAAGGGACCUCUGUGGCUCCAGCUGCCAACCCUGGAGCCCAGACCGAGGUGGCCAUGGAGACUCCACCUGGAUCCCCUGUGGGAGGCCAGGGAGGGUAACUCAGCAGUUCAGGAGCCACCCCAAACCAUUCUGGGACAGGGACACCCCUUUCUACCCCAGGGCAGGGCAGGGCAGGGCUGGGUGGGGCAAGAUCCCCCAGCCCGAAUAGACGCACCCCACCUGAAGGGGGUGAGACCCUUGUUGGCAGCCAGACAAGGGUGGGGCUCCACAGGCAGCACAGGCGCCCCACCACCACCCAGUUUGGGGACCCAGUGGGACCGAGUGCGGGGGCAGAGGGUGACUUACCAAGAGCCAGGGAGGGCAGCCCAGGCCCAAAUGACAGCAAGAACAAGAACCACUGCCAGCGUGCACAGACUUGGUGUGUGUCCUUCCCUGGGGGGACGGGGGACUCACAUGUGCCUGCCACUGGAGCCUCCCAAUCGUCCAGCAGAACACGGGGUUCAGAAAGGGCUCCUUCUGCUACUUAGCGAACACUGAGCAUUUAAUUUGCACGUUUGCUAGGGUCACCCUCUCGGCCAUCCCACGAGGGUCGCCAUGAUCACCCCAACUCUAGAGGCCGCAGCAGAGCUCAGGACAUUCCCCCACAGAGCUUGCCCCUCAGCUCCUACCUCCAAGGGGGAGGGUCCUGGAAGCGCCCACCCAGGCGCCGCCCCUGUGCUUGCUCCCCGAGCUCAGGGCUUGCCGAGUCCAGGUAACUGACCUGUACUCCACGAGGCCCUGUAGGAACGGUCUAGGCUGGUCCUGCCCUGUGGAGGCCUCCGUGCACUGAGAGAUGUACUAGGAUUGCAGCAAAGGUGGUCAGGGUGGUGGGCCGCACAGCGAGGCAGUCAAGCCAGCUCCCUGGGAGAAGCACUGGGUCAGGUGAAGUCUGAGGACAGCAGGCCUUCCCUAGGGGAAGGAGCUGGGAGUGCCAAGGCCCCAGGUGCACAGGAGGCGUGGCUGCUGAGAGGCUGCAGGGUGGAGGGGCCUCGGCCUCAGAGUCAUGUGCCCUGUGACCACUGAAGAGUGUCAGCAGAGCACACGGCAUGAGGACAGAGGGAGGGGCACGGGGAGUGAAGGAGGGGGCCCUGGAGCAAGGCUGGGGGGUCAGGAGCUCAGCGUCCGCUACUCAGCCCAGCCAAAACCCUCCCAGACGUCUCCUCUCCUGCCUGGGCAAAGUCCAGCUUGGCACCCCGUCUGGGGCCUACCUGUGGUCAGGGCCAAGUGUUCCCUCCUCCAGGAAAGCCUUUACCCUCCUCAUGCCCUGUAGUCAGAAGGCCGCCUGCUGUAACCCUCCGCAUCGCCUCGGGUGCGAAAUCAGACCCACCUGACACCAUCACGCGGAGGCCCAGCAGCACCUGCACCCACCCCCACCUUCCCCAGCAACCACUUCCAGCUGCUCUGGCCAAAACCUCCUCUCGGCCGGGCCCCGUGGCUCACACCUGUAAUCCCAGCACGUUGGGAGGCCAAGGCGGGCACAUCAUCUGAGUUCAGGAGUUCAAGACCAGCCUGGCCAACAUGGUGAAAUCCCGUCUCUACUAAAAAUAGAAAAUUAUCCGGGCGUGGUGGCACAUGACUGUAAUCCCAGCUACUCAGGAGGCUGAGGCAGGAGGAUCACUUGAACCUGGGAGGAGGAGGUUGCAGUGAGCUGAGAUUGCGCCAUUGCACUCCAGCCUGAGCAACGAGCAAAAUUCUGUCUCAAAAAAAAAAAAAAAAUAGUAAUAAUCCAAAAAUUAGCCGGGCGUGGUGGCACAUGCCAGUAAUUCCAUCUACUCGGGAGGCUGAGGCAGGAGAAUCGUCUGAGACAAACGUAGAAAGUAGAAUAAGUGGGUAGUGGAGUGGCAGGGAGUGCUGAGUGCCACAGGAAGUCAGACAAGGAAGGAGAGUGUGGGGCAGGUGCCAUUUAAAUGGGGGGCGCUGGGGUCUCCUCACAGUUCCUUCUCAGCUCAGCUGCGCCAGGAUCUUGUUGAGUCAGGUCAGCUCCCCACAGCCCUCUUGCCUGACCCCUGAAGCCCAGAACUGAUCUUCACAGCCCUAGGUAUGGCCCCAGCACCCCACUGCCCUCUCUCCUGCCCCAGCCAACUGCUGUUCCCAGACUUCCCUGGCCACGCUCCAAGACGCCAGCUCUGCCGCGGGCACUUUGUUCUCACGGUGUCCUCCGUGCCUGCAGGGCCCAUGCAUGGGAAGUUGCGUUGGCGGCCCGGGUGUUAGCGGUUCCGUGCCUGCUCCAUCUCUCUGUGAGGCCCCUCUCCCAGAGCCUGACACGCUCUGUGGCCGAACUCUAGGCAGGUGCCCCUGAGUCCUUUCCUCGACAAGGCCUGACCCCAUCCCCAUCCUCGCUGGGCCUGCCGACCCCGGUGUUAGCAAGAAUCCUCCAAAUCAGUUUAUGGAGAAUUACCCACCCUCGAUAUCUGAUCCCAUUCCUCAUCUCCCACCCUUGAUCUCAUCACCCUGCCGGCCUCCUGCAAGAUCCUCAUUGAGCCACUCCAGUGAGAAUCCCCCCACCCUCGAAGGCCCCCCUAACAACUUCCCAUCCGCUGACCCCUCCAACGCCAUCAAUCUCCAGCUGUGGUUGUUGAAUUCGGAGGUGAGCUCCUCUCACCACUCUCUUGAAUAAAGCUUUUCUCACCAUUUUAACAA